AUGUCCACCCCCCACACCAUCCAAGACCGCACCCCCGAAUUCCGCUCCAUCCUCCAUGCCGCCCAGAAAUCCCUCGCCCGCCAACGAAAGCCGCCCGGCCAGCAACCGCUCCUCAACAACGGCGCUCCCACCCCUCCGACUCGCCAACAGCGCUCCGAGUUCGCGCGCAAUGCUGCAAAUAUCGGGCGAGGCAUUAGCGCUACGAUGGGGAAGUUGCAGAGACUAGGAGAGCUGGCGAAGCGGAAAACGCUGUUCGACGACCGGCCGGUGGAGAUUGCUGAACUGACGUAUGUGAUCAAGCAAGACCUUGCAGGACUGAACCAGCAGAUCGGGAGGUUGCAGCAGAUGUCCCGGCAACAAGGCAUGACCGGCGGUGCCAGCGCGGGAGGAGGCAAAGGCGGGCAGGAAGAAGAGCAUAAUAAGAACGUCGUAGUGCUUUUGCAGGGGAAGUUGGCAGAUGUAGGCGUCAAUUUUAAAGAAGUGCUCGAGGUCCGCACGAAGAAUAUUCAGGCCAGCAGGAGUAGGCAGGACAAUUUCGUCUCCUCCGUCUCGCAAACCUCCGCUUCAGCACAAGGUCUCGAUGCCGGGAGGACAGAUAGCCCGCUCUACCAGACCCCUGCAUCCCGAGGCCGCAGCCCCGCCCCCGGAGCAGCAGCAGCGCGACAACAACCAGGCGACGCGGUCCUCUCCCUCGACGGCCCCACCAACUCCUCGGCCCUCUACGGCAACUCCCCCCACCAACAAUCCCAACUCCAAAUCCAAGAGCAAGAAUCCUCAAACUCCUACAUAACCCAACGCGGCGAAGCCAUCGAAGCCAUCGAACGCACCAUCAACGAACUCGGUGGCAUCUUUGGGCAACUCGCGCAAAUGGUUUCCGAGCAAGCGGAGCAGAUCCAGCGCAUCGACGCGAAUACAGAUGAUGUGGUGGAUAAUGUCGAGGGGGCGCAGAGGGAGUUGAUGAAGUAUUGGGGGAGGGUGCAGGGGAAUCGGUGGUUGGUUGCGAAGAUGUUUGGGGUGCUGAUGGUCUUUUUUUUGAUUUGGGUUCUUGUUGCUGGGUGA